CCUCCCAUUCACUCCUGUGCAGGGUUUCAGACUGAAAGGUAAAAGAUGCGAAUUCACACUGCGACUUGUAGACAGUGAGCGGACAGUAGAGCAGGAGGCUGCUGUCUCUGUCUGAGCUGCUUCAUGUGUUGAGGACAGCUUCACUCCACUGCAUCUGACUGUCUGCAGGAAGCCGGAGAACCUGGAGAAAACCCACGCAUGCACAGGGAGAACAUAUAAACUCCAUGCAGAAAGAUCCCAGGAUGGCCGGGACGCAAACCAGGGAUCUUCUAGCUGCAAGGUGAAGUGCUAACCACUAAGCCACUGUGCAGCCCCUGAGGCUACAACACAGCAUGAUAACAUCCAUUCACACUCCAGUAUCUCCAGUGGGCGGAUUGUGAAGACCAGUUGCCACUAUGCGAUGUGUGUAAGGGACCAGCGGUGGUGUUGUGGCCCCAGGCGGGAUGCUGCUGACAGCUGGUCAGUAUGACUCUGCUGGACUUGUGGCUGUCGCGCUCCAUCCCCAUGUGCCUGCUCCUUCAGAGCCUUGUUCUCAUGGCCCUGUGCUUCCCUUCGGCCAGCAUGUGUCCAAAGGGCUGCAUGUGCCAACGCGACCCCCACCUCCACGGCCUCAAUGUUACCUGCAGUCAGUCCCGCCUCAAAGAGAUCCCUCCCAGCCUUCCGGUAGACACCAUCCUGCUGAGGCUGGACCACAACCAGAUAGGGGCCGUCCCCGAUCAAGCCUUCCAUGGACUCAGGCUUUUGAGGGAGCUCAACCUCUCUUACAACGCAGUGGAAACUUUAGGGGAAGGCGCCUUCAGUGGCAUAGAGGGGACUUUACAGGUACUGGAUCUCUCCCACAACCGCAUCACUAGCGUACAUAAGGAUGCCUUCGCACGGCUGAAGGCCCGCAUCAUUGUGGAUGACAACCCCUGGCAUUGUGACUGUGCCCUACAGCAGGCCAUCGGAGGAAUGGCUCACAACCACGAGGCUGCUGCCCGGGUUCUCUGCAGGAGCUCAGAGCUCCGUGAUCAGGAGGGACGACCCUUUUUGGCCGUGGAUGCUGACCUCUGUAACCUAGCCAAAAGGACCACAGACUAUGCUAUGCUGGUGACCAUGUUCGGAUGGUUUGCCAUGGUCAUUUCUUACGUAGUGUAUUAUGUACGUCAGAACCAGGAGGACGCCCGGCGUCACCUGGAGUACCUCAAGUCUCUGCCCAGCAAGCCCAAGAAACCUGACGAGGCUGAUGACAUAAGCACUGUUGUCUGACAGCAGUGUCGUCAGGACUGUGUCCACCACAAACAUAAUGAACACCAAAAUGUUUAUGUAACAGGACCCACAUUUCUAGUGUUUACUAUUUAGAACUUUUAGGUGAUGUGAGCAUCAAAAUGUUUGUAUUUUGAAAACUUUGUUGUAUGUCUUUAUCAGGGUUUGUUCAUGGCUGAUCUGAGAUGAGAUGAGGACGGAGGCCACACCAACGUCGUCUUUUCUACAAAAGAAAUACUUGCAGAGUUUUAAAAAUUUGAAUCUCAGGUUUAAAUAUUGACAUGGUAAUGGUUUUUUAAAUGACAAUUUGGAAUAUCAGAGAAAAAAAAUAUUUAUAAGACAUGACAUCCGACAGCACCCUUUUUGGAAAUCUCAAAGCCCACAAUGAGAUGUAUAUAUAAUAAUUUUUAUGAACACUUGCUAAACAAAUGUUUUGAAUUUUACAUGCCCCAUAAAGUCAAAUUUAAAAUAUAUAUCUAAAUUAAGAGUUUCUGCAGAGAAAUUCCAUAUUUCUGAAUCCAUGGCAUGCUAAUGGAGACUGUUUGAUCCAUACAUAGUGUGAUGUUGCUAUGGCGUGCAGAUAUGGGAUAUAAAAUAGUCUUAUCUUUGAGCUUGCCUUGGACUGUGGUGCUCUGUUAGAUGCAGACUGCUUUCAGAACACUGUCAGGUAGACAAGAUUUCACUGAAACAAAUUUAGUAAACCGUCUUUCAUCUGGCUAUGUAGAACACUGGAUUCUAUGGAGGCCCACUUCUGCCCAGAAAAAGCCGAAAACAAACAAAAAAGAUUUUGUAAAACUAGGUCAAAAUCAUUUUUACUUUGGUUUAUUUUGGAAUUUUGGCUCAGUAAAAUACAAUUUUAACCAACCAGUAGUAUUAUUAUAUUGGACAUUUGCGUCAUUUAUGUCAUUGUUUUUUUGGCCAGGCAGUAAUGCCAUUUUUGUCCCAUUUUGAUUGGCCAGAUGUAUUUAUUUGGAUAACAUACUAGAUAACUCUCAUGUAGCAUCCCCACUGGUGUUUUCAAUGAGUUCAAUUUUCACCGAUGAAUCACUGGCUAUUUUAUGUCUCACUAGGCUACAGGUUAUUCCAGUUGCUGUACAUUAAAUAAUAUACUGCUCUAAAAUUUGUUACAAAAAACAAACAAGCAGAAAAAUAAAACAUCACUUUUUAAGUAGGAUAAUCCACUCUAUCCUGUGCUGACCCACUACCUGAUGGCAAGUUUUUGUUAAAAAAUAAAUAAAUAAAAAGAUAGGGCAGCCUAUUGUGAUCUCCAUUCCAGAAAUAGCUGCACAUUUAGUUGUUAUUACUUAUAUCAGAUAACUUUGUUUUGACAAGAAACAUUUGCUAUUGUAAUGACAUAUCACAUAGACAAAACUUACGUAGUUUUAAAACAUUUCUUGAAAACAAAAAAACUUCAAUACUAUAAUCAUAUAUAAACAUAGCACAUUCAACUUCCAUAUUAUGCUACGAAAUAAAGAUGUUAAUUCCUGAAAAGAAGACAUGGUAGCAGAAGUUGCUUCAUUCGUAUGUACUACAGUAAUGUACAGCUACACAAGCAGCCAUGACAUCUUGAUCAUAGUUAGUUCUUUACUAAAGUGCACCUCUCCAACUGCAAAAGUCCACAUGGAAGAAGCUCUGGAUGGUUUAAAAUGUUUGUUUGCUCAACUGUAUCACCUUCAGUUAGCAUGUACUCAAAAGCAUUUGGGCUUUAUAAACAGUACAAUUGAUUAGAGAGAUGUUUUUGCACAGAGUUUUGCCUCACAAGCAACAUAAGCUACUUUACCUUCAUUGAGGAGGUUGUUGGAGCUCUAUCCAACAUGUAAGAAAAACUGCAAACAUUUUUCAGGUUUUAACAACUCCAUCCAGUUCCUUCACAUUUGCAGGUAAAGACAUGUCUUAGUUGUUAUUAUUUAAUUUAUUUUAUUUAAUUAUUGAAAUGAUGCGACAGCUGAUGGCCAUUCAAAGAUAGUGCAUUUGUUGUAUAACCCAUGCUUGUACAACAGUAAUAUUUUUUUUUUAAAUCUAUGAUUGAUUACUGGGAUAUUCCAUUGAAAUGCAACAAAUUAAUGUGGCCUUUUUGGUAAACUCACUUAAUUCUGAAAAGCUUAAUAAGCAGUUUUACACACCACUUAUGAAAUCAAAUCUAUGCCCUUUUAUGAAAUAAAAUAGAAAUUACUUAAUAAUUUAGUGUGUAGUAAUAACAGGAAUUAUAACACGAAAGUGUCUUGUUAUAACGGUCUCAACUAAGAGACUGAGAAAAUCAUUUUGUCAUGGUAUCAGCAAUGUGCUGGCUGCCAGUCCAAACUGCACAGGUCAGACUGUGAGUCACUACUUCACAGCUCAUCAUCCAUAAACACAACAAGAUCUUUAUGUGUUAUUGUAGAAUAAAGAUGAACAUGGUCAUUGUCUGUGAAAGGCUGUCCUGGCAAAACGUCAAAUAACCACCUGUCUAUAAUUCUGUCGAAGAAAACUUUUACAACAUAUAAAAAUUAUUGUUUAUUUAGACAAAAGUGCAAUGACAAACUCUUUAGACAACCACUAAAUUAAUGUUGAAUUCAUCAGAUGUAGACUUGCUUUAUGCGCUUUGUAAUCACUUCACAUAUACCCAUAGACUCAACCCUAUAAUAAACAUCCACACAGGUCACAUGUUUUCAAUAUAUGCUUGUGUUUCGGCUACUUUGGAGUCAUUAAACUCCUAUAAAACAGUGUCUGUCAUACAAUGCAGUAUUCCACAUAUUCACGUAGGAAGCAAUCUGUAGUGUUUUACCAUCACUUUACCAUUGGUACAGCAUUUUGGGAUUCCCCAAUCUGUCUUUAUGGUUACACCAGUCCUUCCAAAGCACAGCUGAAGAGCAUAAACUGCCAUUCUACUGUGUCAACAUGUGUUCACUUCUAUAGUACAGUUUAAAUCGUGUAUCAGUCUCAUUGAAGUCCAUAACUUGGCAUCAGAUCGUAAAUAAUGCUCUGCAAAAUUUAUAUUCAUGUCCUGUUCAUAAGCAGUUUUAUUUGUUUCGAGGUAAACACUGAAAACUAACUGCUUCAUCAGAACUUGUGGAGAUUAGAUUUAACUGAUGGUGAUCAAACAACUCAGCAACUGUUAUCAGAUUCUGAUUUAAAUGUUGAUAAAUCCUGACUGGACACCCCAUCACAUGUACAAAAAAGCUGAUUGGAAAAAUAAGUUUUCACUGCCUUGGAAUGCAGCAAGUGCAGCUGUAUCCAACCAUUUCUGUUACUUUACAAAACCAAUAAGCCGACCUUCACACUCACCUCACGCUAUGAUUAGCAUGUGGUGGGUGUGAAUGUUGGUAUGAGUGUCUUCCUGGAGAGAGCGUCUGAAAAUGUGGACUUUUAUCCCCAUUUUUUAGUGAUGUUGCAUCUCACCGCUUUCUAUGUUGGCUGGCUUUUCAUCCACCCAUCAUCCGAAGGUGGUCAUUCAAACCAAUUUUACACUUUUGACUUCCGAUGUGUUUGGAGGACACAUUGCACAAACCAUUCCCAUUCUCAUUAAAUUUGGCCCUUUCUUGGCCUUUUCAGAUAUUUGAAGGAUACAACCAGUGUAUUCUGACUCUUUUCAGAAUGUCACCCACCAAGCACAAGCAUAUUUGUUACAGGAAACAGAAUAAAUUUCAUUUUUUAUAAAUUCAGUUUGAUUUCUAGGAUAAUUAUGCCUCAAAUGGUGAACUGCAAGAAAAUGGUGUCCAAUAUAUCCACUGGUUCUGAAUAUAAAUGUGAAGGAAGCUACAGCAUAUCCUUGGUAAUAGACUGUAUUUGAUGAAGACCCUGAAUGUUAGAGGGUACAAGAUAAGUAGAUAUUUAAUAACAUUUUAAAAGGGAUCACGAAAUUGAACCUAGAGUGAGCGAGUUUUGACCCUGGGACAAAAAUCCAAUUACUUGCCUUUUCCAGAGGUUUUGAUUUUAUCACAAUCUUCAUUGAUGGAUGGAGUUUGUUCAUUUGUCUUGGAGUUGGCUUAAUUGUUGUCGCAUUACCUGAGUAUGGAACUUUGAUCGUGUGACAACAGCUUUUUCUCCUGGUACUUUUGGGAAAAAAGUCAACCCAACAUAAGACCAGGAUGCACAGUGCUAGAUAAUGUGGACCACUAGAAGAAGUCCAAUGGGAUUUAUCAGAGUUCCGGGGAUUUCACGCUUGGAACAAACAAUUCCACACUUUAAGAUCUCUGCUUGGCACAGCCUGAUGAAAGAACUCCUGUGUAUAUAAUAACCCAAACUUAACUAUUACUACAGUUAAACAGCAAAAACCCAGGACACAAGACUGAAUCACCAGUAAGUUUACAAAUUCGCUGUCAGUGCACCCAAAAUAAAACUGAUCACAUCACUGUCUGUGAAGACACCAGAUACAAUUUUAAAUUAUCAGUGCACAUCAUUCACAUACAUAUUAGUCAGUAAGGAAUGUCAUCUACUUUCUAUGAGGUGCGUUAUCCAGUCUGAUCACUGAUAAACAGAAAGUAACCCUGAUAACAUUGGCGACCUCCGUGGUCUUGAGAGUGGGUACAUGUAAAAUUUGGUGGGGAACUUACAUGCACUGAACAAAAUGGAGCUUUGUCACAUCUGAUAAAUGCCUCAACAGUGUGUAUUUAGCCCAAACCACAAUCUUUUUAUAAACCUAUCCAAGUAGUUUGGUGCCCAAACCUAACCAAACACAGUGAGUAAAAGUGAAAGUAAAAACAACAAUCAAACAAGAAGACAAAAAAUCUCCUGAAUGAAAGUCUGACUUACCCCUCCUCCAUUCCCUCUAGUUUUUAAGUGUGGACUUUUGUCCCUAUUUGUAAGACCUAAAUCGUGGCUACACCUCCAUCAAAUCAGGUAAUUACAGAACACUAUUAAAUGGGAUGGUAACAGCUACUGAGCUACUGAAAAGUGGUGGGGUUCCUGCCUGUCCAUAAAUUUGGGAAUGAGGUACCUUGAUAACGCUGUUGAAUGUAUGAUGACAUCCAAAUCAGGUGGUGAAGACAUUGGAGUCAUUGACCAGUAAUCAGAAAACAGCUGAAGAGAGCAAAGGAUCUGGUACUAAAGACCAUCUUUCAACUAACCUGUUGCCCUGUAAAUGAUGGUCAAUUCCACACCUCAUGAUUUCUGUCCAGUGCCAAUGGCAAGUGUUACUGUAGGAAGCAGUAUGCCCUUUAUGGAAACGAGACAAGAAGUAAAGGUUAGGUUUGGUUAGUGGAAGGACUUGACCCCCAACCCUAACCAUUUACAGAAUAAGAAUAAUAUUUGUCUUUUUAUUAAUCCUUACCAUGAGUAUUAUCUAACUUUAACCAAGUGCUUAAGUCCUUCAAUCCUAAUGAUCCAUUAAUUAUAGUUUCCUUCUUUUCCCCAUGAUAACUGUCUCAUAGUUUCCAUGCACAGAGUGUAGUAAGUAAGAGCACCAGGUUUUGCAGAAUUGCCCUCAUAUAUUACUAAACUUACUUAGGUUAUGUGAUGAAAACUAAAAUUUCUCCGUGACAACUGAACAAAUUCCAGCAGAUAAUGACUGUAUAGUAUAACUGAAUGCUGUGGAAUAAGCAGUCAAAAAGCCUACUAUUCUCAAAUCAGGGGUUUGUGGUUCUGGUUUUCUGUGGACAGGCUAUGUCUGUGUUGUACUGUGCAUUUGUUCCUUCCAUUUCCACAUUUAUUCCUGAUGUCUUUAGCCAGCUGUUGUCAAUCAGACCCAGUCUUUGUAUAUCUGUACUGAGCAGAAGUAAGCACAAGACUAAAUGUCAGUUCAGUCUCUUCUUCUUGUUGGUGUCUGGUGGUAAGUCAGGUCCUUCGGUGUCAAUGCUGUUACUGGUAAUUGUUUGCCUUCACUACAUUUAUUUCUUACUAAUGUCUUUAAAGGAGCCACAGAUGUUUCAGACGUGGGCAGUCAGUAUCAUCUCAGGUCCUGUUCACACCUGACAUCAACAUGUCUCCUCUGUGAUCCCGUCACAUGUGGACAGUUUUUGGUACAGGAGUGAAUGCACUUAAGAAAUAUUGAGGUACAUUGAGAUCAGAUCACUGGACCAAAAUCCAGAAGUGGUCUGAACCACAGAUGGCAAAAUAAUUUUCACAGCGUGUCCUCGGCCACAUUGAAGGACCGCCUACUCAACGGAUGUCCUCUGCACCAAUGCCAUUCUAUUAAAGUGCAACAACAAGUCCACACUGAUAUGUUACAAGUACAUUAUGUCAGACAUCUUUGCUAUUUGUUUGUCUGGAACAUACUAAUAAAUAGACCCAGUCUGUGUUGUUUUUACAUCUAGCUUUCUUUCUGUGGUUAAAAACAACAAAGCAUUUGGUUUUUGCAAACAGAAAUUAUGUAUAAACCUGUUGCAUAUAGAGCGAGGAAAUGAGAUCCAAUCAGAAAUGGUCACUUAAGAUGCAUUCUAAUGCCAAUGUGGACUGAUGUACUUGGAGCCACCCACAUGUUGUCAGAUCACGCAAGACGCAUGGUAAUGUCAGGUGUGAGCAGAGCCUCAGUCAUGACAAAUCAUCUUAAACAACCUAAUUCAAGUCACGGUGGCAAUGCAUGCAUCAUUUCCCUUUAAUAACAAUGUGUAUGAUAAUGUUCCCAGCAGAUGCUGAAGAGAAAAUUGAUGCUGUCUUUUUGCAAAUGGCUUCCUUCUCAUCAGAGCCACUGGAGCUCACUAAAACAUAGGGCCAGAGAAUGCCAAUAAAAGCCAGAUCGAAAGACAAGAUUACUAUGUAAAGGUUCGGGAAAUGACAUUUUCCACAAAAAAAAAAACAGAAUUUAUUAAAAUGAAAUAACAACAAAAAGAACACAUAAUUAAUCACAUUGGAUUCUGGGUGUUGCUGACAUCUUGUGAAUUUUCUUUUCAGUUCAUGUUUUGCUUGUCACAGAAUUUGUACAAUAAUGCUUGUUAGAAUAACAUCUUGGGGGAUAUGCAAUGAGAAUAUAUAGGUAGAGAACACUAGAAUCACAUGUAAAUAGGAACUUUGAUGUUUUGUGAAAUACUUGAAAUCCCUUUAAUUAGUUGUUCUUGAAUGUGCUACACCCCUUAGCCUUGUAUCGUAGAGGCAACCUCAUACUCCUCAUGACAGGAUCAGGAUAGUUUAUAAAAAUGCAUGUACAACGUAAUGAAGCACAGUGUAGCCAAGGACCCGAGAGUAUUUCUAAGUGCCUGAAUACUUCUCUCAGCAUUUUAUUUUUUUAUUUCAGUUCUUUUUCCACCUCUACUCUUUUUUCUGAACUCUCCUACUUUAGGAUUCUCACUGUUUAGUAGAUUUGUUGUUUGUUGUGUGUGAUAGAAUAACUCACACAGUGUUAGCACUGACUAUCAUGGUUGUGUUGUAAUGGCAUGACAUACAGAAAAUGAAAUAAAGGAGGUGUUUAUGAUA